CCUCCUCCUCCUCCCCUCGGCGUCCCGCCCCCGCCUGCCAGCCCGCCCUCCUCCCUCCUCGGGCAGCGGAGCUCCAGCGAAGCGCAGCUCGGCUCGCGCCGCUGUCCAGGACAGGUGUGCGCGCGCGCCCUCCUCCCCCUUCCUCGCGCCUGCCGAGCGCGCGCCCUCCCUCACCUGCGGCAGGACAGCGCCCGCCCGCCCGCCCGGAUCUCGCGAGAGUGGCUGACUGGCUGUGGGGGUUGCGGCGGCAGCAGGCGGAGCCGGGGAGGGAAAGCAGCGGCGGCUGAGGCGACUGAGGCGGCGGCGGGCGGAGCGGCAGCCGGCGGCGGCGAGGCGGCGGAGCGCAGCAUCAUGGCGGACCGAGACAGCGGCAGCGAGCAGGGUGGUGCGGCGCUGGGCUCGGGCGGCUCCCUGGGGCACCCGGGCUCAGGCUCGGGCUCCGGCGGGGGCGGUGGUGGCGGCGGGGGCGGCGGCGGCAGUGGCGGCGGCGGGGCCCCGGGGGGGCUGCAGCAUGAGACGCAGGAGCUGGCCUCCAAGCGGGUGGACAUCCAAAACAAGCGCUUCUACCUGGACGUGAAGCAGAACGCCAAGGGCCGCUUCCUGAAGAUCGCUGAGGUGGGCGCGGGCGGCAACAAGAGUCGCCUCACUCUCUCCAUGUCAGUGGCCGUGGAGUUCCGUGACUACCUGGGCGACUUCAUCGAGCACUACGCGCAGCUGGGCCCCAGCCAGCCGCCCGACCUGGCCCAGGCGCAGGACGAGCCGCGCCGGGCGCUCAAGAGUGAGUUCCUGGUGCGCGAGAACCGCAAGUACUACAUGGAUCUCAAGGAGAACCAGCGCGGCCGCUUCCUGCGCAUCCGCCAGACGGUCAAUCGGGGGCCCGGCCUGGGUUCCACGCAGGGCCAGACCAUUGCGCUGCCCGCACAAGGGCUCAUCGAGUUCCGCGACGCUCUGGCCAAGCUCAUCGACGACUACGGAGUGGAGGAGGAGCCGGCAGAGCUGCCCGAGGGCACCUCCUUGACUGUGGACAACAAGCGCUUCUUCUUCGAUGUGGGCUCCAACAAGUACGGUGUGUUUAUGCGAGUGAGCGAGGUGAAACCCACCUACCGCAACUCCAUCACCGUGCCCUACAAGGUGUGGGCCAAGUUCGGACACACCUUCUGCAAAUACUCGGAGGAGAUGAAGAAGAUUCAAGAGAAGCAGAGGGAGAAGCGAGCUGCCUGUGAGCAACUCCACCAGCAGCAACAGCAGCAGCAGGAGGAAACCACCGCUGCCACCCUGCUACUGCAGGGUGAGGAAGAAGGGGAAGAAGAUUGAUCAAACUGAAUGGAAAAAAACCCCACACACAUGCAUACACACACAUACAUACUCACACACAACUACACACACAGAAAAUAUACUGUAAAGAAAGAGAGAAAAUAAAAAGUAAAAAAAAAAAAAACUUAACUCCAAGGGAGCACCACCCACAGAACCUCCACCAACUGACAGUUUCUCUUCUUGACUUGCCACCCAUCGCUGGAUGUUGUCCACUUUAUCCACCAUAUAAAACAGUAAGCAGCUGCUAAAACAAAAAAAAAAUACAAAAAGUAAUAACAUUAUAUGAACUGUGUUUCCUACUUGAUUAAAAAAUAUAAAGAACUGAGUGUUUAUUUCCCUAAUUAACCAAGAACUUUUGUACACGUUUAAGCUAUUAUUAUUAAAAGUGUUUGCAAAAUGGUCAAGAUUAUAAUAUUGCUGAAUUAUAUAAAAGUCCUUUUCAUGUUGAGCUAACAUUUGACUUUAGCACAAAAAAGAGAUAUUUUAGAACACGUAAAAUAAUAUUUUUAGUUUUUCUCAUUUUGUUACCAAAUUUCAAACCUUACAUGGAGGUUAUUAUAGUAUAUUUGACACCCUAUAUACCUGUGAUUAGAGAUGUGUAUAUAUAUAUGAGGGCUAGGCAUGCUGUGUGUCUGAGCUUUGUCUAAAUGUUAUGCAGAAGUUUGUAGAGUUAAAGGUACGUAGGUUUAAUUCAUGCAAGAUAAACAAUAAGUGCUCUCUUUUAUACAAUAUGCAUUGCAUCUGGACCUUAAACAUAAAAAUGGUCAGUGAAACUUCUGUGAACAUGAAGAAAUUAUUAAAAAAGGCAUUUAAAUGAAA